CCCUCCGUUUUAUGCAACUUCCCUCUCUUUGGCUUGUUUUUGUUGGAGGGACUGCCUCCGUCUGUUUCUCUGCUCUGCUGCCUCCCUCCUGCAUAAACCCUAAUUUUUCUCCUCCGCUCAAAGAAAAUCUGCCGUUUUAAGGACCAUUGGCUUCUGGCGCAGUCUUGGCUGAUGGUACCGCUUCCUGUUAAUUGUUUCCCAACCCUGUUCAACUUCACAGGCACCAUCAUUGCCUAGCCUUCUUUGUUGAAGGGAUUUUCUACCCACUUCCUAGGAGAAUGGAUCGACGCGAUACAUCAGGGUUUGUUAGCGGAGGAGGAAUUCACCCUGGCAAAAUUCACAGCGCUCACUGUACAUAUGUGUUGUUUUUUAAUUUCUUUCAUAAAUAAAUUGCAUGCCCUGCCCUUUUCUUUCUCUCAGUCCUGGAUUUAAAUACGGUUUGAUUGGCCACCUUCCACAAUAAGAACUUCGACUGUUUUAAGCAUAAACGGAUUUGUUCCUGUAAAUUCACAUGGAUAGCAGGUUUCACCGCUCGGGCUUCGCCGCAAAGCCCGCUAUAUUACCUUGUUUGACAUUGACCACACUCCCCCAAGAUUCAGAGUAUGGAACUGACACGGUAUUGAGGCUGGAUUCACCAAGCUGCAAGUCCCAGAGAGACCCUUUAUCUUCCCUGAACACUGGCAUGAAGCGAAAAUGGGGCUCCAUUUACAGUGGCAGUCUCAGACUCUCUGGUUUGGAUGAUGAUGACUCUCUGCGUCUGGGGCUUGGCCGAUCCUCAAGCUCCUCAGAUAGUAAAGGAAGCUCUGCAACUGCCUGCACCAUGUCCUCUGCCAAAGAAACUGAUGAGGAGAUCUCAAUGGACCUGGACCUGAACUUCCAGCUCCACCUUGGCAAUGACAAGUCUGCUAGCCCGACAAAGAAACCUGCUAUUCCACUUUAUAAAAACCUACAGGGAAAAAAUGAUGACACAGAACCAAGUUAUCUUCUGCAACUAAGCCUCUCAACUGGACCUUCGGAAUCUGGAAUCACAAGCAUUGUUCUGAAUGCGAACCAUGAAUUGAAGAAAUCCAGAAUGACGGACAAGGGAUCGUCCGCCAAAGUGGAAGGCCAUGUACUGCUGCACGGGCUUGAACGACCAGAGAAGAGUGACGGACUUGGUUAUUAUAAUGGCAACAUUGAUAAUAAUAAUAAUGAUGAUGUGGUUUGGGGUGGUAUUUGCGAGAAACUGGAUCCAGCUGUAUCAGUGCCGCUGAGCUCGGUUACAUGCUCUUCUUCGGGGGUUGGGGUGGUGCGCAAUGGGAAUGGGAGGAACUGCCAAUUCAAGGGUUGCCGAAAGGGGGCGAGAGGGGCAUCUGGGCUGUGCAUAGCGCAUGGAGGGGGGCGGAGGUGUCAAAAGUUAGGUUGCCACAAAGGGGCAGAGGGGCGCACAGCAUACUGCAAGGCCCAUGGGGGUGGGCGGCGGUGCCAAUUCCUCGGCUGCACCAAGAGUGCAGAGGGGCGCACGGACUUGUGCAUCGCGCAUGGAGGGGGGCGUCGAUGCGGGCGAGACGGCUGCACACGGGCAGCUCGUGGCAAGUCUGGGCUGUGCAUUAGGCAUGGUGGGGGCAAGCGGUGCCAGCACGAGGGAUGCACCAAGAGCGCUGAGGGUUUCUCGGGGCUUUGCAUCUCUCAUGGUGGGGGCCGGCGGUGUCAGUACCCAGCGUGCUCCAAGGGGGCACAAGGGAGCACCCCCUUUUGCAAGGCACAUGGAGGGGGGAAGAGGUGCACGGUGCCUGGGUGCACCAAGGGUGCCGAGGGGAGCACCCCAUUCUGCAAGGGGCAUGGUGGGGGGAAGCGGUGCUCCUUUGGUGGUGGCGGGGUGUGCCCAAAAAGUGUGCACGGGGGAACACGCUUCUGCGUGGCCCAUGGCGGGGGGAAGCGUUGCGCUGCCCCUGGGGGGUGCACCAAGAGUGCGCGAGGCCGCACCGACUUCUGUGUGAGGCACGGCGGGGGCAAGCGCUGCAAGUAUGAUGGCUGUGGGAAGAGCGCGCAGGGCAGCACCGACUUUUGCAAGGCCCAUGGUGGUGGCAAGCGAUGCUCUUGGGGGACCCAUUCCCAAGAUCAACAAGGGGGAUGUGACAGGUUUGCGAGGGGGAAGACAGGACUUUGCGCUGCGCACAGCGCACUGGUGCAGGACAAGCGGGUACAUGGUGGGGGAAGCCUGGGGCUGCCUUCCUCAUCCUCCUAUGAGAAGCAGCAGCCUAUCGUCAUUGUCAGGCCAAUGACUAGCACUACCACUUCUAGUGCUGAUAAGGUGGAAUUUGUGGCUGGAAAAAGUAUUGGACACUGCUGUGGUUUUCCGGAGGUGCAUGCUAGGGGGUUGGGGGGUGCUGGGACUUCUUCACUUCCAGAAGGGAGGGUGCAUGGCGGCAGCCUCAUGGCUUUGCUGGCAUCUGGAAAACCAGUGGCUGGAAGCGAACAGGAGAGGUCGUUACCUCAUUGGAUGUAAGAUGAGAUAAAAAAAGAAAACGGAGUGGCCAAUCUUUGUGCUCGUUGUUUAGACUGGAGUUUAGUGCCGUAGUUUGAGAGUCGUCGGUUUGGUGGUCAGGUGUAGCUGCGUCUGAGGUUUUUGUUUUUUGGGGAAGUGGAGCCUUCUGGUUUUAUUUAGGAGCAGGGGAGAAUAAAGAGAUUCUCAUUCAUUGCUUGUAUUAAUAAAGAUUGUCUGUGUGUUAUUUUUAUUGAUCUAAUCCCUCGCGAGUUGAGUUUGGAAGAGGGUGGGGCGUAGAGGUUCAGUUGGGGUUUCAUGGAUUGCUACCUUUUGUAAAUAUAACAUGUGCAGGCUCUUAUGUAUUCUUGUGAAUACAUGGUUGUUUUCUUUA